AUGUCAUCUGAAACCCUGCCUAUAUCACCAGCCCGCUUUGCAGAGGCCAUCAAAGACCUCUCACUGGCAAGUCUUCACCUCAAAGUUUUAGAAAUCCGCAACUCCAUCGCGCAUCUGGACUACUCCAAUGAACAGCUCAGGCCAUUUGCGGAAGGAAAGGAGCCAGUACAUGGGGGAGACGGCACAGCACAGCCGGACCAGGACUGUAUUGACGCCAUCAAGGAGAACGAGGGUGUCAUUGAGCGCAUGCAGGAGCGCAUCCGGCUUGUGCGUGUCGAGGUUGAAGAGAACCGGGGCUGCAGUUGGACUGAAUUUGAGAGCGCGGAAGAGAGGGGUCAGAGGGGCGAGCAAGCUACAGAAAGCACUGCGCCUGGAAGCACUGCCGGACCUACAACAAACAACAACACCACAUCAACAGUCAACGGCCAAGGUACCACGGAGGAUCGGUUCAGCGGACUCUCGGAGGCUUGGAGGGAUGGAACAAUCCAAAUGGGCACGAUUAGAAACGGACAGAUCCACAUGGACACACAACCACCUUCAGCAAGCUCGGGAGGUGGUAGGUUAACGGACGAGCAACUACGCCAAGCAUUGGAGGAAAGAAUGCGAGAGGCUGAGCAGGAUGAGCAGGACGAUACUAAUGGCGGAUUGCAUCUCUGA